UAAGCUACAGCAUAGGUUGCAGUUAAGCUCUUGGAAUAGAUGUCUGUAACUUGGUCUCAUAAGCAGUCUUAUGGCCCGUAGCCACCUAGGCCUACCCUUAAAACUGAGACAGUUCCUGUUAGUAGGAUUUAUAGGCUAGCAGGCAUUAUAAUUGGUGUGUAUAGUUCUGGAAGGGAGAAAAAACCCAGCUGAUACCAUAAGCGUUUGAAAUUCUUCCAAUUGUAUUCUUGCCCUUUAAAAUAUAUCCUGCUAAUGGCCUUCAUUCUACAUCAACCCUUUUUUUCCAUAGACAAGCUAAAAUCCCUGAAUAUGUUGAAAGCAUUUUCACUUUUCCGUUCUCUUCCUGUUUUAUUUAGUCCCUGACAGUGCAGGGCCACCUGGCAUAGUCUGCAGUACUCUUUUUUUAUUUUUUUUGCCAGGGUCGGGUUUGAACCCACCACCUCUGGCACAUGGGGCUGGCACCCUACUCAGUGAGCCACAGGUGCCACCUAGUCUGCAGUACUCUUAUUUCUCAUGUUAGUGAUUUCUGCUGAAGAUGACAUAGGAACUUCAGAUAAUUGUUAGCAAGCUGGGUAAUUCUAACCUCAUUCCAUUCCCCCAGUGUUCUAGGGAGCUAUGUAGACAUAACUAAUUUAGCACUGUCCCCAGAUUGACAACAUACAGAAAAACACAUUCUAUACAGAUAUAAAGGUGGCAACUAUUUGAUGUCCACAUCCCCUAAUAUGUCAUCAUACCUCUCAAAGAAAGUGAAGUUCCUCAAGCUUAAAAAUCGAUGUUGAAAUCUGUACUCAAACUACUCUGAGCAAUUACAGAAUAUAGCAGAGGAAGGUCAUAGAUGGAAUAAAUAAAACAAUGAUAAUGAUAGCUAAUCUCUGUAGAAUCCUUGAAAUUUGCCAGGCAUUGUUUUAAGUAUGUCUCAUGUAUUAAUUUAGUUAGUCCUUAAACUACCUAAUAAGGUAACGUUUAUUAUCUGCAUAAUUCCAUUCUUAACCACCUAGGUGAAGGUUGCCCAGCAGGUAUGUGGUAGAGUAGGACAUGAAACUGUUUGAUCUGACUCCUGUUUGUGCUCCUUCAGUACUCGUUGAGACUGGAAAAUUGGUGAGAAGCUGAGCCAGUCAUCUAACACCUGUAAUUUUGGAUGAAGUUCAUAUUGAAGGCUAAUGAAGAUAAUAGGAUUCUUACCUCUUGGAAGAAGUUAUGCAGAUUUCCCGGAUUUUCCUUUCCAUGGUUUCUCAGGAUCCUAAGGCUUUUGUAGCCCUUCAGCCACUGUGGAUCCUGUCUCUGCCUCUUCUUCUGGAAUGUUUUGGGGGUUUGGACUUACAUCACUGUGACCUGCAAACCCAAGAGACGUGUCUCUGGAAGAUAAGAGAGCGUCUUCAGAUCAAAAAAGGACACUGGUGUGAUACCUAUGUAGGCACUUUCCAAAAGCCUGGCUUGCCACACUGGGACCACGAGGAGCUUGCUUCCUGGAAAUGCUUCCUGUCUGAUGUGCAGGAGUCAGCAGGCCAUACUGACUGCUCAGGGGCUGGCUGCAGAGGCUCAGGACCGAUCAGCAGGAUCUCACCCUCAAAUACGGGGGAUACACUGUAUAGUCCUUUUUCUAGAAGUGAGAAGUACAAGAUUACUCUGCAAGAGGAAGAUUCCAGGGCCUUAAAAAGGCAAAGGUUUGCACCUUGGCAGCCCCUUGGAAUGUUGACAACUCAGGAUCUAAAACAAAUUUCUAUGUUUAUGAAUUACAGGAUUCAUGUGGAAGUAAAUGUCAUUUUAUAAUCAGUAAUAAUACUGAGUGAGGAACACUAUGCAGGAAGAAACCUUCCAUAGAAAGACAGGCAGGGAAAAGCUUAAGCUGAUCUUAAACUUGCCUAACAGAGCAAGUCUGAGAUAGACUGCCAAAAUGGCCAAAUAAGAGACUUUAUGAAGUAACAAUUCUGUAACUAUAGUAGUUGAAAGGAAAUUUUCUCCUCCAAAUCACGAUACCAAAUAGGAAAAAUGAUCUACAAGUGCCCCAUGUGUAGGGAAUUUUUCUCUGAGAGAGCAGAUCUUUUUAUGCAUCAGAAAAUUCACACAGCUGAGAAGCCCCAUAAAUGUGAUAAGUGUGAUAAGGGUUUCUUUCAUAUAUCAGAACUGCAUAUUCAUUGGAGAGACCACACAGGAGAGAAGGUGUAUAAAUGUGAUGAUUGUGGUAAGGAUUUUAGCACUACAACAAAGCUUAAUAGACAUAAGAAAAUCCACACAGUGGAGAAGCCCUAUAAAUGUUACGAGUGUGGCAAAGCCUUCAAUUGGAGCUCCCAUCUUCAGAUUCAUAUGCGAGUUCAUACAGGAGAGAAACCUUAUGUCUGUAGUGAGUGUGGACGGGGCUUUAGUAAUAGUUCAAACCUUUGUAUGCAUCAGAGAGUCCACACAGGAGAGAAACCCUUUAAAUGCGAAGAGUGUGGCAAGGCCUUCAGGCAUACUUCCAGCCUCUGCAUGCAUCAAAGAGUUCACACAGGAGAGAAACCCUAUAAAUGUUAUGAAUGUGGGAAGGCCUUCAGUCAGAGUUCGAGCCUCUGCAUCCACCAGAGAGUCCACACUGGAGAGAAACCCUAUAGAUGUUGUGGAUGUGGGAAGGCCUUCAGUCAGAGUUCAAGCCUUUGCAUCCAUCAGAGAGUCCACACAGGAGAGAAACCUUUUAAAUGUGAUGAGUGUGGGAAGGCCUUCAGUCAGAGUACAAGCCUCUGCAUCCACCAGAGAGUCCAUACAAAGGAGAGAAACCAUCUCAAAAUAUCAGUUAUAUAAAACGUUUUUGCUAAGAGUUAAAAAUCUUAAAACCCGUAAGUGCCACUAGGAAGGAAACUGUAUAUACCUACAUUGACCCAAGAUAUAUUUACAGCAGUUCCUGGCAGAAGCAUUCUUUUUGAGGAGGCAUAUGUGAGGUUGAUUUUCUGAUUCAUGCCAAGUGUGUUCUACAACCUCUGGGUGUGUGCCUGAGAGGGCUGUCAGGUCCCAGUCGUGGAUGUGCGUUUUCUAAGAUUCCAGCACAAUGCCUCCAUAGUUGAAAUGCUACAGGAACACCCAUGAUCAUUGCCUAGCUUCCUGAGUCACCUAUUGAUGUUUUACGUAAAAGUUAUCCCAGAUGACCCCCUUCAGGAGCUCGUGCUCUUCCUUCCUCUUGAAUUUAGCAUACUGGUGAUGCGUUUGAAAAUGGAUAGCUCCCACUAAGGUAGUGUUCUGGUAUUUCCAAGGUUACCACUUGAUUUAGCCCCUGUGUAUCUUUUCAUAAAUCCCAUUAUUUCUGAAUCCACUUUGCCUACAUGUCCUCUAAAUGCCCAUAAAUACCCACCCCUUCCUGGAUGGCAUCAAAUUUCAUUUUAGAUUUUAGGUGACUCAUAAUAUCCAUUCACUUGGCCUAUCAGAAAAAUCGUUGGCAGACAUGUGCCCUUGAAAUUUUUUUAUUUUUGUGGAUUCUGCUAAUCAUUAUAAUGUCUCUGUUUUAGUCAGACUUAUUUUCUAGUGGCCUGCAUCACAUAUUUUUAACUUGAAAUUUUUUUGGAAAUAGCCGAAUGUAAAUAGCAGGAGGAAGAAGCAAGCAAAAUGAAAACUUCUGUCCAUCCAGAAUUGCCCUCUCCAGCUCCUUUUACAUGUAGAGCUCCUCACUAGCUAGGGAGACGCUAUGAAAAGUGGAUGGUAGGAGGAGUCACUAAUGACAUUUAGAAUUUAGUCUCUGUCUCCAUAAUCUUGGGCAAUAAUGUAUAGGAGUCCUCAGUACCCUUUGUUGAGUACUACGUAUCAUUUCCUUUUUAGGCAUGAACAUCUUAUUAAUCCAUUAUCCUUUUCUUUCUCCUUUCAUUCAGCAAAUAUUUAUUUGAACACCUCCUAUGUGCCAGACACUGUGCUAGGUGCUAGGAAUACCACUGAAUAGGACAGACGAGGUCCCUGCUCUCAUGGAGUUUAUUUCUGGUGGAGGAGACAGAUGAUAAGUAAACAAAUAAAUAAUGUAGUUUGAGAUAGUGAUUAAGUGCUAUGAAGAAAAUAAACUAGGGUGAGGAUUUAGUGGUGGGGUGGGCGGGGGUGGGGCAGCAUUAGCUAGCGGUCAGGGAGGCCUUUCCAAAGGGUGGCACUGGAGCUGAGGCCAGAGAAGGAGAAGCACCCGCUACAGAGCACAGGCGUGCACCUGAGGGACAGAAGGGCCAGCGUGGAGUUAGCGGUGGGGUGGGGGAUACUGAGAGGCUCAGCAUCCUUUCAUAGGCUUCUUCUAUUUUUUUUUUUUUUUUUUUUUUGCUAGAUUGAUAUUAAAAACUCAUGUGGAGGAACUCAAGGAAUGUUUAGAAGACCAAAAGUCCCCAAUGACAGGAAGAAAAGCAACCAUGUUUUAAUUUUGUUUCUUUUCUCAUUCCUAUUUUCAUUGAUUUCCCACAUGUAGUCCUUUUGCUCAGGAAGUCUUUGGGGGAAAUUACGUAUCUUUGAAGCUCUGAAAUGGGGAUUGGGUUGGUGGUGUCUUGUCAGCUGUCUCAGAGGUUGGAAAGUGAACUAACUCAGAGUAAUCAUGGGAAUACUGAAUCAAAGCUGGAUUUUUCUCUCCAUAUUUGAAUUAAGUUCUUCUGUUUGACUGGAAGGGGUUUUUGUAUAACUAAAACCUCAGUGCAUAAAGGAGAUUUAAAAGGAGAACACUGUUUAGUGGGUGGGCCAUGUAGCUAGAGAUGGGAUUUGGGCAUAAAUUUGUCAUUGUCCAGACAUCUGUGCUAGCAAGCCUUUGGUAAAUCACUUUACGUACUUUUCCUCCUUUUUACCAAGUGAGGGCUGGCUUAGUUAUUUGCUGAAGCCCCUUCCAGGCCAGAAUUCCACAAGUACAAUUUACUGUAGUGUCUUAUCACUCUUCAUGUCACAAUAGUGUGGAGCAUUAGAGAAAAGCCUAGACUUUUAGUUGAUAGAGAGCCAGUUGAAAUAUCAUUGAUAGAAUUUUAGUUUUAGGAAAAAUUGGUUUGAUUUCUAGCUUUAUUACUAUUAGGUAUAUGAGCUUGGGCAGAUUGCUUAAUCUUUUGAGUCUAGUUUCUCUCAAAAAGAGGAUAUUAGGCUAAACGAUUUCCAAGUUUCCAGCUAGUCCUAGAGUUCUAUAUUUCUACAUAGUUGAAUUAUUUUAUCAUGCUGUUGCUGGGGAAUAUGACUAACCCUUUUGAAGCUUCUAAUUUUAUGUCGAGCUUUAAAGUCCAUAAUUGUUCAGAAAAUAUUAUUUGACCUACAUAAUGUCCAAAUCAAUUUAAUAAAAUCACUUUAUAACAGGG